ACCACUUGUGCCACCAUUUAGUACUCGUGCACACUUUCACUCUACACUCGCCGCAGCAAGAGCAUUGAGCAUGUUAGAUACCUUUGAGAUACUAACCUCGUCAGGUGUCGUCCUGUGGUCGCGCACAUAUGCCCCCGUCGGCGCGAAUAUCAUCAACAGCUUAAUUCGCGAGGUCUUCAUCGAGGAGCGCAUACAACCCCAGGCCGAGGAUGCAGGGUCGAAACCUACAUACAAGAAAGAGGGCUACACACUGAAGUGGACGGCAGCAAAAGACCUAGGGCUCAUCUUUGUGGCAGUGUACCAAAGUCUCGUCCACUUGACUUGGAUAGACAAGCUCCUCGACAAUGUCCGCGCCCUGUUUGUCGGCCUCUAUGGCGAGCAGUUGAAGACGGAGCACAGCAGCGUCGUCAACUGCGACAAGUUUGGCUCCUACUUCGACCGCCAAAUGCACGAAUUGGAAGGAGCGAGCGACUCUGGCGCACCCAGCAUCAAGCUCACCACGCCCGACUCGAGUACAGACAAUGACAGCGCCGAAGAGAGCGCAGCGGCACCCAAAAUCCUAUCCAAGCCGCAACGAGCCCUGUACGAUACGAGCGCCGACUCGACCCCCGUACCCACACCAGAUGCUUCGCGACCCACGACACCGGCACACAGUCAGUUGGUGACAGGAAAGGCGAGACCGCUUGGCGGCAAGAUGUCGCGGCGAGACAAGAAGAAAGCGAGUGCAUUCAGCUCAGCACCUGCAUCAUCAGGAGACGAGGGGUCCACGAAGCGGAAGGGCAAGGGUUCAGCAAAGAAGGGCAGGGUCUGGGGCGAAUUUGGCGCAGAAGAGCAGGACGACUCGGUUCUCGAUUACUCCCAGGCGGAUAUACGUGACGGGACUUCGGCCAGCGAGGCUGUCGAGGAGAUCCGACCCGAGACAUGGGGUCGCACGACAAACAAGGGCGAAUUUGUGUUGAAGGAUCUGGAUGACGAGAUGGAUGCCAUUAUUGCCGAGCAGAACGCAAAAAAGGUGAAGGACACUACAUCAACAGCCUCAGCCGGUCUUGUCGGAUCAAGUCUAGGCGCAAUUGGAGGCCUGUUCAGAAAUGUAGUCGGCGGAAAGACACUCACGAAAGACGACUUGAUCAAACCCCUCAAGGGUAUGGAAGAACAUCUCCUGCGCAAAAACGUCGCCCUUCAAGCAGCGGUGCGGUUAUGCGACAGCGUGGAGCGCGAUCUCGUGGGAAUGAAGACGCCCAGCUUUACCACAAUCGAAACAACACUCAAGUCAUCCAUGGAAAAGGCGCUGACCAAGAUCCUCACGCCCACAUCCUCCCUCGACCUCCUCCGCGAAAUCCAGCACACAAACUCUACUACAUCACGACCAUACGUCCUCUCUAUUGUUGGUGUAAAUGGCGUAGGCAAGUCAACCAACCUAUCCAAAAUCGCUUUUUUCCUCCUACAGAACCACCACCGCGUCCUCAUCGCUGCGGCGGAUACAUUCCGAAGUGGCGCUGUUGAACAGCUGAGAGUCCAUGUCGAUAGACUCAAGGAACUAUCGCAGCGUGAAGGCGGUCAAGUCGACUUGUUCGAGAAAGGCUACGGAAAGGAUGCAGCGAACAUCGCCGCGGACGCUGUUACCUAUGCAGAGAAAAACAACUUUAACGUUGUCCUUAUUGACACUGCCGGUCGACGGCAUAACGACCAACGGCUUAUGAGCUCACUAGAGAAGUUCGCCAAGUUCGCCAACCCAGACAAGAUCCUCAUGGUCGGAGAAGCCCUCGUCGGCACCGAUUCGGUUGCGCAAGCACGGAAUUUCAACGCUUCGUUUGGCGCAGGAAGAAGGCUAGAUGGCUUCGUCAUCUCCAAGUGUGAUACUGUCGGCGACAUGGUGGGUACGUUGGUGUCCAUGGUGCAUGCGACAGGCAUCCCCGUGGUGUUUUUAGGGACAGGGCAGCACUAUAGUGAUUUAAGGACACUGAAUGUUGGUGCUGUCACGCGUUUGCUCAUGAGCUGAAGAUUAGGACCGUAGAAUCUUUGGCGCAGUAGGAUCGGAGCACUUCAUGUACAAGCUAUUCGUUUGUUGUAUAAAUAAUUAACUUUUUAAUGCCAAACUCUAUUUACGGCAAACUGGCAU